AUGGCGUUGAAGCUGGCAGCUUCAAGGUUGAAGCUAUUGAGGAACAAGAAGGAAGUGCCGGUGCUUCGCCUCUGUGCCGCUCAAGCAUUUUCACACGAGAGAAUCGAAGAAGAAAUAUCUUGUAAUUCAGUGGCAUUAUCCUUCCUACAGACCUCUUGGGUCAAUACUAAACCGCAGCAGCUUAGCCAUGGCUGCUGCCUCAUAGAGAGUGAAGAAGAUUCGAGAUGUGAGUUUGACACGAGCUCAGAUUCGAAAGAUGCUGGAACUUUCCUUGAUGAUAAUUCAGAACUUGAAGGAAGUGAAGUUGACAGGAAAGCUGAUGAGUUUAUAGCAAAGUUUAGAGAGCAAAUUAGGCUUCAGAAAAUUGCAUCUGCUAAAGGAAACGGUGGUUGUUAG